GACAUGGCAGCCGCCCCGCAGCACGGCUCCCAGCAGGGCAAACACAGCAAUCCUGUGGCCCAGGACAUGAUCUGGAAGGCGCAUGUGAAAAAAGAGCUGGAAACCACCAAGAUGUGGCCAGAAAACUGGGGGUUCUUCACUACACCCUACAAUAAGCUGAGUGCUGAAAAUGUCAUGGAAGCAAAGGAGGCGGUGCAACAAAUAAAAGUUCAUGGCCACAUGAAGGUUCGGACAGUCACCCCAAUGGAACAGUACAUAAAGGUUGAGCCAUCUCCUGCCCUCCCUCAAACAACCCAAGGCCUGAUAGGCUGGAGAUCAACUGUCCCAAACCUGCAACUGGAACGUUACGGCAGAACCCGGUACCUUAAGGGUGAUUUUUGCAAAAGCAUGAACUGGCCGGCCGAAGGGAUCGCCUGAAUGUAUCAGUUUUCUGCCUUGCCCCCCACCAAGGCCAAAUGGAAACACUGUAACAGUUGUGGAAUAAACUGAGGCCAUAAAAAGUCAAAAAGUUUAAUUUUUGUAAAUUUUUUAUUUUUUUUGCUUGUUCUGCAGCAAGAUGGGGAAAAAAACACUGGAGGAGAUGAGUAAAUGUUAAAAAUCUGCAUAGAGAGUGAGCAACGAGAGCAAACAUUGUAGCGGAAAACCUGAUUUACGGGCGCCUCGCCUCCAGCCUAGUAUCCCGCUAUUUACAUUAUGGCAUUAAAGGUUAGUGCAGCUUUAUGCUGAUUGAAGUGAGGCUCCAGGCGGAGAGUUUAACACUUCCAUCCUACAAGUCAACACAUUCAGAAAAUGGGUUUUCAAGGAAGUGGCAACAGCGGGGCAGGCACAAUUAUUUCAUGUUAACUUGUUGACGGCCUAAUGUUUUAAUGAGACUCCGAGAUGACCACGUUUGUCUUCAGUCUUGCAGUUCUUAAGAAUCAGAGCAGACAUAAGAGAUUGCCUUGAAUUAGAAAAAAUAUGGCUGUUUUCUUCCAAAAACAGCGCCACAGCUGUCUACAGGUUGUGUGUGGUAUUGCACUACAGCCACAUUCACUUCAUGGGUUGUGCCUGGAAUGGCUCAGCUCUAGUGGGCUGCUGUGGUGCUGUUUUUGGAAGAAAGCGGCAAUGUUUUCUAAUCUUGGACAACCCCUUCAAGUUUGAUAUAGCAUGGAGGAGGCAGGGAGCUGUGAGAAAAGUAUGAAUAUGGGGCCCCUUAUGUGGAAGGUUCUUAAAGGCCCAGUCCAAUUUUAUGCAAAGCGUUGUUUAAUGGAAAGUUUUAAAACUUUCUAAUAUACUUUGUCUUUCACUACUUCAGUGUUCCCAUGAUUUCAGUGAAUUGAAAUAGACCUGUUCAGACCAAAAAUUUCACAUAACUGUAGGUUUGUUACAAUUGUAUCUAGUCUAGACAACCUUCAGCAGCAAAAAUCUCUUGACAAUGUCUUACAUUUUACCUACAUUGAUACAUUGUAUCAGUGUGUAUCAAAUGUAUCAGACCACAGAGAAUUAUGCUGAAUGGACGCAAUUGUAACAAACCUUCAACAUAGUCAGACA